ACGUCUGGUGAUCGACACAAUAUUUUUGUUAUAAAAAUAAACUACAUCCAAGAAUAAAGAAUUGAAAAGUUUCGGUGGUGAUACUUUGGAAGUCAAUUUUUAAAGGACAUCAAAGACGAAAAGCAGAAAAGAUGGCGGAGUCGCAAAGUGAGAUUGUAACUGAAGCAGGGGUAAACAAUUUUGACAAAAAUUUAGAGGAAAUGGCACAAAACAUGAAGGUAUUCUCCUCGGCUAUGCGAGAUUUUUACACAAAAAAAAUUGAAGCUGAAGAUGAUGAAACUCAUAAAAGUCACGUUGCUAAGAGGUUCAGAGAGAUUAGAGAUUACACAAGAAAAGAUGCGAUAGUUUAUGUCGAAUGUGUCCUUCCCAUAACAGAAAGAUUAAUACAGUCUAUAAACACAUAUUUCGAGUAUUACCAUCACGAAGUUUCUUCGUUUGAAGAGUGGUGCAAAAUGUUGCCAGAUAUUUUAAAGAGAACUGCAGCCCUAAAACAUCUCGCACAUGCAGUAGUAGAUAUGUACGAGGAUAUGAUAGUUCCCAUAAAGACACGUGAAGACGAAGCGAAAAUGAUCAAGGCAGAGUUCGUAGACUUAAAAAGUAAGCAUGAAAAAGAAUUCAAAAAAUACAAAACCAAGUCCAACAACAGAAAAAUUUGCGCAUACGCCGUCAUGCCUAUUCUUGGCGUAAAUCUCAUUGCGUAUCCUUUGUUGAAGUCAGCACGUGAAAACAAGAAAUUAGCAGUUGACUCAGAAAAGAACCUUGAAGUUGACGAAAAUGCAGCACAAAUCGUGGAUAAAAUCCUCAUGCCCUCACUUGGUAAAUUCAUUAAAAGUCUGGAAAAUGUUGCAGGAUUCAUUACAAUGGUUGAACAAGAUUUGCACAGGGAGCCUCGUGCGAAUGAGUUUCAUUAUAACCUGAUGAAAAGUAGAGAAAUAAAAAUGAGAGAAAGAUGUGAAACAUUCUCCCAAGUAUGGCCUUCUGUUCGCACCGACCUCAGGGCGCUUCCCACUGAAGCUACUGACAAUAGCUACGUCCAUGAAUGGUUUGAGAAAACACUUGCAGACCUUCGAGAAAAGAACACUGAAGAGGCUUUUUCCACUUUCUACCGUGUUGCAGAGGAAAAAAUCCCUAGAUAUAUGCGAGCACUUAGACCAACACAAGAAAGAACACAUUCAGAAUUGCCAACAUCACCUGGUCUUUAUGGAGAAGAGAGAAAACAACCAGAAAUACCAACACAACCAGUUCAUGAUGGACAAGAGAGUAAACAACCAGAAUUGCCAGCAUCACCUGGUCAUGAUGGAAAAGAGAGAAAACAACCAGAAUUGCCAACAUCACCUGGUCAUGAUGGAAAAGAGAGAAAACAACCAGAAUUGCCAACAUCACCAAGUCAUGAUGGACAAGAAAGAAAACAACCAGAAUUGCCAACAUCACCAUAUCAUGAUGGACGAAAGAAAAAACAACCAGAAAUACCAACAUCACCACAUCAUGAUGGACAAGAAAGAAAACAACCAAAAAUACCAGCACCAGUGGAGCAUUUAGAAAUAAAACAAUCAAACCCCGCACCACGAAAACACAAUAUAAACGAAAGAAAACAACAAGAAAUGCCAACACAACCAGUUCAUGAUGGACAAGAGAGAAAGCAACCAGAAAUACAAACAACACAAAAUAAAUGAACAAGAAAUGUACAAAAGUAAAACAACCCUUGAUCACCUAGAACAUCAUGUAUUCAGACUUAACAAAUUCAAUUUCGAAAAAAGCAGAAUUGAACGGGACUUGUAGUUCGAGACCUUUUCAAGAAUUCACUUGAACGAUUAUAACUUUAUAGAUACACAGAUUUUCUACUUAUAUAACUCGUAAUAAAAUAUUGAUAAUUAAAUGUAUUUUGUUUAUAGCAGUAAAAUUUAUUCCAGCUUCAGUUUAGAACUGAGUUUGGGUUGAUCAAUCGUAACUAAUUCCAAAGAAACCAUUGUGCAUGAUAGACGAAUAAUGUGGCAUACCUCUUUUAUAUACACAACCAGUUGCCGGCUAAAAGAACUGCUAUAUAAUGGCUGGAAAUUGUAUUUAUAUAUUUUGUCAACAAAGUAUGUAAAUUACGUUUUAGUAUUUUUGCACAAGUGAAUAUAACAAAUUCUGAUUGGUCAAAUUUGACGUACUAUGCUGUUAUAUUCACCUUCAGGUGAAUAUAAAAAAUUUCAAAAUGGCGGCUAGCCGUUUUGUGGACGUUUCUUACAAAGAGAUAAGCGAACAAAUGCAGUUCUUCUGUGAAUUCACUUGUGCAAAAUUACUAAAUUCGUCUCGGUCAAUAUUCCACGAUAACCACCUCGCUUUCGGCGAAUAAUUGUUAAAUAUUACGUUAUAUUAUAUAUUAUAUUGCCAUGCUGGCGAAACAAUGCAUUAUUAGAAUAAAUACAAAUGAUAGAAUAGAACUCUUAACAUACCAUGUAUGCAAUAAU